CUUCCGGCCGGACUGGUAGCACUUCCGGUCUGAUUUACGAGCUCCUGCCCCAGCUGGCACCGCUGCGGCCCUGUUGACAGACCGUCCGACAUGGCUGCCGUGUGGAGAGCCCGCAAUUUCGCCCGCUGUGUCGUCCGCUUCUCUGACCGAGAACUCAACUAAACCGUCCCAUUUGUGAAGGAAUUAAAAAGCCGUCCCAUAGACGCCAUAAUGGCAGAAGGUGAAAUCAAUUCAGCUGAUUUGUUAGAGGAAGAAGAGGAAGAUGAAGAUAGCGAAAAUGCAGGAGACUCCGACCUCCAAGUACGUUCUGCUGUCAUGUGUCGUCGUUUUGAAUCGAUUAAGCUGGAGCUCAGUGUGUUCAGGGAAAGGUGGAUGUCUGAACUGAAGCCCACCACAGGAUUGAAGGCGGUUCUUAGAGGGUCCUUCCAGUGUGGAGACCCGAAAAAGAAGCAGGAGCUCGCCCGGGAGGAGACGGCCCGAGAACUGUUCCUAAAGGCUGUGGAGGAAGAACAAAAUGGAGCCGUUUAUGAAGCUAUCAAGUACUAUCGCAGAGCCAUGCAGCUCGUGCCUGACAUUGAGUUCAAAAUCAACUACUGUCGCACCCCUGAUCCUGAUGGAGUUGGUGGCAGCUACGCCGUGGAGACUGAACAGGGGUUCGAGAUGGCCGACCUGCUGGCCUACUUCCAGCAUCAGCUCGCCCUGCAGGAUGCAACUUGCAAGAUCUGUGAGCCCGAGGUUGAGGGGACGCAGACGCACAUUUCCGCUCUGCCCCUGGAGGUCAUGAUGUACAUUUUCCGCUGGGUCGUGUCCAGUGACUUGGACUUGCGCGCACUGGAGCAGCUCUCCCUCGUGUGCCGGGGCUUCUACGUUUGUGCCAGGGAUCCAGAGAUUUGGCGUUCUGCUUGCCUGCGUGUUUGGGGGCGGGGCUGCACCAAAAUGGUGCCCUUCACCUCAUGGAGGCAGAUGUUCCUGGAACGGCCUCGAGUGCGCUUCGACGGCGUGUAUAUCAGCAAGACAUCCUACAUCCGCCAGGGCGAGGAGUCAUUGGAUGGGUUCUACCGGGCCUGGCAUCAGGUGGAGUACUACAGGUACCUGCGCUUCUUCCCUGACGGCCAGGUCAUUAUGCUGACCACGCCUGAGGACCCCCUGACCACAGUCCCUCGUCUGCGGACCAGGAGCUGCAGGGUGGAUUCUGUCCUCUUAGGCCACUACCGUCUCUCCCAGGACACAGACAAUCAAACCAAAGUUUUUGUCGUCGUUUCCAAGAAGAAGGAGGAGGCCAGAAAGGAUACGUGUGCUGAGUGCUGGUGUCCUGCAGAGGGCGACAGAGUAUCAGAAAAACCGCUUCUGCCGGCGGAACCCAGCGCCGGACAUGGAAAGGAGCUUCCAUGUUGGCCUGCAGCUGGCCUCCGGGGGGCGUCAGCGCUUCAGCAAGCUGGUGUGGAUCCACCACUCGUGCCACAUCACUUACAGGGCGACUGGGGAGACGGUGGUUACAGCUUUCGAAAUAGACAAGAUGUACACGCCCUUGUUCUUCGCCAGAGUGAAAAGCUAUACCGCCUUCUCAGAGAAGCCCCUGUAGCUGGCCUGAAAAAUGCCUGUUUUGGCAAUGCGCACACACACACGCACGCACGCACGCACACACACACACACACACACACACGAUCUAAGGUUCACAUACACUGCAGAUGAUUCACCCAAUUUUUUAUUUAAAUGCUGGAUUAUGAUUUUGAUGAAUGUAUAUCGGUAAUAGUUUAUUCUGCUUCAGUUUUAAACUUCUGACUUUUAGUAGGCCUUUGGAAAUGCCUGUAUAAAAUGUUCUUGGAUACUGCAGUUUCACUGGAAACAAUAUGGAUAGUCAAGCAUUAUUUAUUGUACCAGAAACAACAUUAAAUGGCCCUUUUACCACACACAUAUUUGGAUUUGCUGGAAGUAUUUCCCAAAUCUUAAAGAAUGUGUGUAUAAUUCUUUGCUGAAUUCUAGUAGAUGUGUCCUAAUGAAAACUGGAAUGAUUAAAUAGCAGUAUGAUGA